GUCCCAUUGUUUAUUCUACUCCACAGAUCCAUGAUGGCAGAGAAACUUUUGGAAAUUGUGACUUUCCUGAGAGGUCGAGGUGUCUCAGAGGAAACAAUCAAUUGCAUUGAAGAGCAAAAGAUUGACAGAGAGGUCAUCCUGCAAAUGGAAGAUGUUCAACUGGCAAAAUAUCUUCCAUCAUACGGAGACAGGAUUGCUUUGUUCAACUUUUGCAAGCAUCAAACAUACUCAAUGAAGCGAAAGCAGGGACUUUUUGAAAAGCUAAGGGAGAAGCUACAACUUAGAAAGGAAAACCAAACAAGGGAGGAGGAGCCAGAAACCUCCAACAAAACCAAAAAAGCUAAGGCAAAAACGUCCACAAGAAAUAUUGAAAUAGGAUGGGUACACACUGAUGGCAAAAUAACAAAACAGAUCAGAGCAAAGCAAGGUGGGGGAACAAGAAAGAUCUCAGUUAACAUUCAGUCAGGAUAUCAUGAGAUACUAAAACAAGGAAAGUCACUAUUCUUUCCAGAUGGAGAAUCCAGCAAAGGUCACGAAUCUGAUUUUGAAUUUGAUGUUUGGGAUUUCAAGCAAAAUCCUUUUCCCAAGGAUGUCUCCAUUGACAUGAUUUACGACACUGUUAAACUGCCACUUCUGCGCUUCUACGUAUCAACUCAACCAAAAUCAGUGCUAAGUGAAGAGUCUGAUUAUCAUAACCUUAGCAAUGCUGAUUGUGUGUCAGAGCCAGAUAAUGAACAAUCAGUGGACCAAAAUUAUCAGCAGGAUUCCAAAGAUGAGCCCCAUGACUUCCUUCCAGAGGUGUUCAUUGUUUCUGAAGAAGUCCUCACAGAUUCUUCAGUAACCAGAGAAACCCCUGCAAGCUCAAGUCAAGAAACAGUAGCACUUGUCAUCAGUGAUCCCAUGGCUUUUUCUGUGGACAAGAACUAUGCUAUUUUACAGGACGACUCUGAUCCUGAGAUCAUUUUUGGUGCACAGCAAACAGUGAACGAUGACUUCAGUGACCUCAGUGACACACUGAUCUAUGAACCUGAUGAGUUACCUGAAAAUCCUCUUAAUAUUUUGCCUGAAACAAUUUUGGUCUUGCAUCACUCAAACAGUUUCAUCGAAAUGAUAGAUGCAUUUUCUGACCCAGAGAUCUUGAACAAAACACUGAAAGUCAGACGUCUACUUCCUGACAACUCAGUAGAGAAGGGUAGCGGAUCUGGUGUAAUCAGAGAUGUCUACAGUAGCUUCUGGGCAGAGUUUUAUGAACGUUGUACUCUUGGAACAACUUUGAAAGUGCCCUUUCUCAGGCAUGAUUUCUGUGCUGCUACAUGGAAAGCAAUUGGGAGAAUUCUUCUGAAAGGAUUUCAAGAUUGCAAGUACUUGCCAAUCAAACUUGCCCCUCCUUUUCUUGAGGAAAUGCUUUAUGGGGCAGUGCACAGUGACCUGAAGACAAGCUUUCUUCAGUUUGUGAGUUCACAAGAACAAGAUGUCCUAAAGACUGCAUUGGAUGAUUUUAGCUCUGUUGAUGACGAUGACCUCCUUGAAGUGCUUGACAGAUAUGAAUGUAGGAAGAGGGUCACUGCUGCUAAUCUUCCAGAAAUCUUGAAGGAAAUAUCUCACAAGGAACUUGUGCAGAAACCAAUGUUCGUCAUUGACUGCUGGAGGGAGAUCACACAGCCACAGAUUCAUCUCAACUCUGGGGAACUGACCAAAAUGUACAGUGACCUCAAACCCACCCCAAAGAAAGUAGCAGGAAUAUUAAACUUUCCUACAGGGAUGACAUCCAAGCAGGCAGAGGUGGCACAGCACCUUAAAAGAUACGUCAGGGAACUUACUGAGGAAAAGCUUGGGAGAUUUUUGAGGUUCUGCACCGGAUCAGAUUUGUUGGUAUCUAUGGUUAUUAAGGUUGAGUUUACCAUUCAGACCAGUUUCACAAGAAGGCCAAUUGCACAUACAUGUGGGAUGGUUUUAGAACUGUUGGACAGCUAUGAUCAUUUCCCUGACUUCCGAACUUCCUGGGUAACAUGGAAGCGGGCGGUACGAGGAAAAUCAGACCUCAUAACGGGUCUUCAGAAGCCUGUGGGUCACGUAACUGAUGCUCUGGUCAAACUCCAGUCGUAG